CAAAUUACGUCUAUUCUCUUUCUUCCUUCAGGUCUUGGGAGAACUGGUGUCCUUAUAGCCUGUUACCUCGUCUACUCCCUCCGCAUCAGAGCCAACGACGCCAUCCGCCUCGUGCGCAAGAAGAGACCCAAGUCAGUGCAGACCUCCGGCCAGAUCCUCUGCGUACAGCAAUUUGAACACUACAUGCUGCCGCAGACUAUUGUGUUUAGUUCCAAAGAAACCCUGAACUUGACGAAAGAUAAGAAAACAUCAGAAUUCACGCUGAAACAGUAUCUGUACCGACAAAGGGCCACUUUGCAUGGCCUUGAAGAGAGAGCUUUUAGAGAACUGCCAAAGAUAGUGUACUGCCUCUGUGAGCGUCUCCUGAAGCUGUGUGGUUGUCAGCAGAGCGUAGGCAUGGACUUCCGUAUCAAGAACAAGCCUUUCUACAAAUCCUUCAUGGUGUACAAACUGAGGAAGACGAAGCCUCCAGACCCUACCACUCCGGAGGAAGCUGCUACUGAACUUGACCAGGUAACAGCUCUGCCGAUGGUGGAAUGGCGUGAUCCAGUUGAGGAAGAUAUCGAGAGGAAUCUAGAGUCAGUCAGCAGGAUAACUGGCACUGCUAACAAUGGCAGCAUACCAGCAUUGCAGAUACAUGAGGCAUUCACAGUAGACCACCACAGUCUUCCAGAAGAGAGGCAGAAGUAUUUGAAGCAGUUGAGAAAUGAUAUCAACCAGCAGAGGGACGCAUUUGAUAAGAUCAACGUUGAGGAGGAUCCCACAAUUCUGACUGGUCUACUGUUCGAAUGGCUGGAAGGUCUAAAGCAGCCGGUGCUGGAUCGAGAGGACCUGUCCCUUAUCGUUGGAAGAGCGUACAACGUGGAAUCCUGUGCGCUUGCUUUGACGAUGGAGGAUAUAAUGCUAGUGGAGUAUCUCCUUCGCUUCGUAACCCGUCUCCGUCCGCUUGCUGCCAACAAGAAGGUGGAUAUCCUCAAACGUCUGCUGGCCUCACUCACGCAUCAGACUGUUAGCGUCAACGGACGAUGUCUUCCUACGCGAAAGGACUUCCAGAGACUCCGAGAUGGAACAUGCAGUCAGGUGAUCAACUUCAUGCUGCGUAUGAUUGUGGAACUGCAGAAAGACAUGGUGAAACCAGGCAGGGACGAUGCCGACGUCGUCGUACCUCAACGGAGAUUCAGAAUAAAAGCUUGGAAAUAA